AUGGAAAAAGGAGAAACCAUUGUGCCCCAGCCACAAGAUAGUGAAGAGAAAAUCACUGGUAAAAAGACUUCAGCAGCCAGGGCUAGUUGUGAUGCAAAACCAAAAUCAAUAAGUCGUGCCAAAAAGUGGUCAGAAGAGAUCGAAAAUCUGUACCGAUUUCAACAAGCAGGAUAUAGAGAUGAGAUUGAAUAUAAACAAGUGAAACAAGUUUCUGUGGUAGAUCGUUGGCCAGAGACAGGCUAUGUGAAGAAACUGCAGAGAAGGGACAAUACUUUCUAUUACUACAACAGACACAGGGAAUGUGAUGAUAAGGAAGUCCACAAAGUGAAAAUUUAUGCUUAUUAG